AUGGCCACUCGUUGGAACCCAGACAACCCCACUCCCUUUACUCCAACUCAGAGCGUCAGAGGACGCAAUGAUGCAUCCACACCCACACCUUCUCGCCGCACCACUACUAUCCACCUUCCCUCUACGGCCUACGUGAUACCUCCCAUCUCCCGCCACGCACACAACCAGGAGUUGGCCCGUGCACCACAUACAAACCUCGGAUUCUGCGAGACCAAGCAGACUGCUUUCGAGUGGCCCAUCAAGAAUGUAUGUAAUCUCAAGACGCAACUCGAUCAGGAAGCAGCGCGAGGCCGUGGCGAGGACGCGCCUGAGGACGAAGAGCGUCAUGAGGUCCUCGCGGGCGACGAGACAUACUUUGACGACCUGUCGUACAAGCUUCACCUAGAGCGGGCGCCAGACACGAUCGACGAGUACACAGACGGCCAAGGGGUACAGGAGCCUCGGAUCAUGCUGGCUAUCAUCGCAACGUGGGCCAAGUACUCUGACAUCCCGGCAGACGGGGUUUUCGCUCGUGAGGUGUUCGUGGGAAUAAAGCAGUUCGAGGUGCCAGGGGAGCGGGGCCUCGGCGAGCCGGAAUGGCUCUGGAGCAACUCGGCAGUUGCCACUUUCUCCAAACGACAGGAGUACCACGAGGUUGUGCUACCGCCGUUGAGCAUGCUUCUCGAGGACCCUGGUGUCGUGACACGCGACUCUUUCUCUAUCCGGAUUGUCGUCAAGCACGCAUCCGAGGUCGGACUUCCGCCGCUCGUACACACGGAUCAGCAGUUCGUGUCACGCCGCAUUACACGUAUGAACGCCGCUCUCCUCGACAGUAAGCGCACCGGCGAUGUCCGUUUCAUCUGUCUUCAACACCAGGAAAGCAGCACUCCAACAGAUUGUGGCGGUGCAAUGGCCCGCCGGCGCAUUGUAUACGCGCAUUGGGAGCUGCUCGUGCACACCGAGUACUUCAAGGCGACACUAGCUGGCGGCUUCUCGGAGGCAUCAGAUGCGGCCGUCACCACCCUGAUCGUCGAUGAUGCGACCUUCAACACCGUUUACUGGGUCCUACGAUGGAUCUACACCGACGAGAUCCUCUUCUCGGCGACGGACAGCGUGAGAUCCGUCAUGGGUCAGGUGAGAGUGGACUGCACAGCUGCGCGCCGCCUCCUAAACUCGGAAAGCUGGGAGUAUGUGCCGCUGGAGGAGGAGGACGAUGUUGAAUCGCGCACCGUGCGCAGUGUUUCCAGCGUCGGCACGGCGCCGUCCGCUGGUCGCCGCUCGCCUCGCCAUCUGCCCGUCGCCUCUACCGCGUCUGAAGGCAGCGGCUCCCGCCGUCAAUCGGCGACCUCCACCUCGUCUGCCAACCCGCAAACCACGCCCCGGCCCCCGAUAAGCCGAAACAAGUCGGCCUCACCUGUCUCGACCAUACCCCGCGCCGCGAAUACGGCUCGCAAGCCACCCCCUCCUUCCGUGAUUGUCAAGUCGGCUGCCAAGUCACCCUCGACAGCUCCGACCUCGCCAGCAGCUGUCGGUCGGUCGCCGUACCCAACCGCCGCGCCGCGCCGACCACCACCACCACCCGAACCCCACAAGCACCCCACGCUGCCGCCCACACCGCCCUCACCGCUGGCGGUCUUCUUCCUCGCUCACCGCUACGGCCUCGACGAGCUGCAGUCCCUAGCCCGCGACGCGCUGUUACGCCAGCUCACGUCCGACUCCUGCGUCACCGCGCUGCUCGCGACGUACGCGUUCACCGAGCUACACCAGGCCGUGAUGGACUAUGUGAUCGACCACUGGGCCGAGGUGUGCGCCUCGCCCGACCUCGAGCGAUGCUACCAGGAGGUUUCUGCUGGCGUAUGGGGCGAGAACGACGGCGGCCAGGUCCUCUUGGGCCUCACACGCCGGCUGACGGGAGUGUAG